GCGGAGUCGUGGGGCGCCAUCUCCAAGGCCACUGAGGCGAAAUUGCAGCGCGCGCUCGUCUCUGGGUGCCGCGUGGCCACGAAGUCGCCCCACUCCGCCAUGGCGCUGGAAAGGAAGACGAACGAUUGGGCGUUCUGCGAAGUGCCAUGGUGUGGUUUCAAAGACGUGCUUAGGUUUCGCAGGCUCAAAUACAUUGCGAGGCUAAUGGUGCAUGGGCCGCCUGUGCUCCAGCGCUUGCUGGAUCUGACGAUUGACAUGACAAGCUCAUGGGCGCAGUUCAUGCAGCAGGAUCUGGAAUGGUUGCGUAACUUCGCUGACGCUGGACGUGGCGAGGACACGCUCAGCUAUGAUGAAUUUCAGGAGAUUGGGAACGCGUGGGUUACCAAGAGGGUCCAGCACAUGCUGGACAAGUCUGUCCAGCAAGCUGGAGGUGCUGCGCAGGGCGGCAUCGCCUACCUCUGCUACGAGCGUGGGAAG